AGCUACUCCUGUCAGCGGGUGAAAUGGCAGCGGCUGUGCCGCCGGCGGCUGCGGUCCCCGGGGGCGGCUGAGCUAGGGGGGCCGGGCCGCAGGGCUUUGCGGGGUUCCCCCCACCCUCGAGCGGGCGCGACCGCGGGCGGGGGGAAUCUGACGGCGCGGUGCUGGGACGGCGAGGCGAGGCGAGGCGCGGCGAUGGCAGCGCGCUCAGCGCAGGCAGAGCUGUAACCUGGCCUCUCUUGUGGCUGACAAGCCUGCCCACCAUGGCAAGCCCCACUCUGAGCCCUGACUCCUCGUCCCAGGAGGCCCUGUCAGCCCCCACUUGCUCCCCAACCUCUGACUCUGAGAACCUCAGCCCGGAUGAACUGGAGCUGCUGGCCAAGCUUGAAGAGCAGAACCGGCUCCUGGAAGCCGACUCCAAGUCCAUGCGUUCUAUGAAUGGCUCUCGGAGGAACAGUGGCUCCUCACUGGUAUCCAGCUCCUCGGCCUCCUCCAACCUAAGCCACCUGGAGGAGGACACGUGGAUCCUGUGGGGCCGUAUCGCCAACGAGUGGGAAGAGUGGAGACGCCGAAAGGAAAAAUUGCUCAAGGAGCUGAUUCGCAAGGGUAUCCCGCACCACUUCCGGGCCAUCGUGUGGCAGCUCCUGUGCAGUGCCACAGACAUGCCCGUCAAGAACCAGUACUCAGAGUUGCUCAAGAUGUCCUCACCAUGCGAGAAGCUGAUCCGCAGGGAUAUCGCUCGCACCUACCCAGAGCAUGAGUUCUUCAAAGGCCAGGACAGCCUGGGCCAGGAAGUCCUCUUCAACGUAAUGAAGGCAUAUUCCCUGGUAGACCGGGAAGUAGGCUAUUGCCAGGGCAGUGCAUUCAUCGUGGGCUUACUCCUCAUGCAGAUGCCUGAGGAGGAGGCCUUCUGUGUGUUCGUGCGACUGAUGCAGGAAUACCGGCUACGAGAGCUAUUCAAGCCCAGCAUGGCUGAGCUGGGGCUCUGCAUCUACCAGUUUGAAUACAUGCUACAGGAGCAGCUUCCAGACCUGAACACCCACUUCCGCUCUCAGAGUUUCCAUACCUCCAUGUAUGCAUCGUCCUGGUUCCUCACACUCUUCCUCACCACCUUCCCCUUGCCUGUUGCCACCCGGGUCUUCGACAUCUUUAUGUAUGAGGGGCUGGAGAUCGUGUUCCGAGUUGGCCUCGCCCUGCUACAGGUAAACCAGACGGAGCUGAUGCAGCUAGACAUGGAAGGCAUGUCUCAGUACUUCCAGCGAGUGAUCCCCCACCAGUUUGACAGCUGCCCGGACAAGCUGGUCCUCAAGGCCUACCAGGUCAAGUACAACCCCAAGAAGAUGAAGAGGCUGGAGAAGGAGUACGCAGCCAUGAAGAGUAAGGAGAUGGAAGAGCAGAUCGAAAUCAAAAGGCUUCGGACAGAGAACCGGCUGCUCAAACAACGGAUUGAGACCCUAGAGAAGGAGAGCGCGGCUCUGGCUGAUAGGUUAAUCCAGGGGCAAGUGACACGGGCACAAGAGGCUGAGGAGAACUACGUUAUCAAACGAGAGCUGGCGGUGGUGAGACAACAGUGCAGCUCAGCUGCAGAGGACCUUCAGAAGGCGCAAAGCACCAUCCGACAGCUGCAGGAGCAGCAGGAGAACCCCCGCCUCACCGAGGACUUCGUUGCCCACUUAGAGACAGAACUGGAACAGUCACGGCUACGGGAGACAGAGACUCUAGGGGCCCUUCGAGAGAUGCAGGACAAGGUUCUAGACAUGGAGAAGAGAAACAGCUCACUACCAGAUGAGAACAACGUGGCGAGACUUCAGGAGGAGCUCAAGGCACUCAAAGUGCGAGAGGGUGAGGCAGUAGCCUCAGCCCGGGAGCUGAAGCUGCAACUACAGGAGCUCUCUGACACUUGGCAGGCCCAUCUUUCCCGAGGUGGCCGCUGGAAGGAGUCCCCGCGGAAGCUAGUCUUGAGCGAGCUGCAGGACGAGCUGAUGAGCGUGCGUCUUCGCGAGGCGCAGGCCCUGGCCGAGUGCCGCGAGUUGCGGCAGCGCGUGGUGGAGCUCGAGACGCAGGACAACAUCCACCGCAACCUGCUGAACCGCGUGGAGGCAGAGCGCGCAGCGCUGCAGGAGAAGCUGCAGUACCUGGCGGCGCAGAACAAGGGACUCCAGACACAGCUCAGCGAAAGCCGCCGCAAGCAGGCGGAGGCCGAGUGCAAGAGCAAGGAGGAGGUGAUGGCCGUGCGCCUGCGGGAGGCAGACAGCAUGGCCGCGGUGGCAGAGAUGCGGCAGCGCAUCGCAGAGCUGGAGAUCCAGAGGGAGGAGGGCCGCAUCCAGGGCCAACUGAACCACUCGGAUUCGUCGCAGUACAUCCGCGAGCUGAAGGACCAGAUCGAGGAGCUGAAGGCCGAGGUGCGACUGCUGAAAGGCCCACCGGCCUUCGAAGAUCCGCUGACUUUCGAAGGGCUGAGCCUGACGCGGCACCUGGAUGAGGACUCACUACCAUCAUCUGAUGAAGAGCUGCUGAGCGUGGGCGUGGGCGCAGCCCUGCAGGAUCCGCUCUACCCUCUGUCCCCAAGGGACGCACGUUUCUUCCACCACCUGGAGCGACCGGCAAAGGACAGUGAGGGGAGUUCAGACAGCGACGCAGACGAGCUCACCGCGCCUUAUAGCAACAAGGGCUUGGACAACUGAGGCCGGGGCCCACCUCUGGGAGCCAGGAGGCAGCAGCCACCACAUGCCACCGGGAGAUGGGAGCAGCUGGUGACCUCGAGGCUCUGCCCCAUGGCACUGAGGAACUCGAUGCCUCUGUGGCUUCUGCCUACCGAGGGUGGGACCGAGGAGGCAACACAGAGGGCAGGGCCUACCGGCAGACCAGCCCCACAUAGCAGUGUUUACCUAUCUUGGGCCAUAUCAGUUCAGGCCCUCCUGAGUUCAAGGGAUGCCUGGGCCAGUUACCUGGAGUGUGUUGCCCUCCUAACAACGAGGGCAGGAGUGGGUGGUGCAGCAACCCCAGGCCAGGUUGAGCAGGAUCUCCUUCCCCCCCAGCUGGCUUCCCUCUGGGACAAAGGUAGCCCUGCCAGGUAGGGUCCAGGUGCUGGAAGAGGUUUGAGGAAGGAAGGGCAGCCCUGGACUUGAUAUUAGUACCCCACAACAGGCUCUCAGGACAUGGUGAUCUUGACCAGCCAGCCCCUGGCCACCGGGGACAGAUGACCAGGCUGGGCUUUCCUGCCUGGUGCAGGCAUCCAUAACUUCUGCAACAGAAACCAAAGCCACUCCCCAUCCUGUGUGUGGGGCCACCUGGGGUGUGAGUGGCUAGUAGAAACCAGCUCCAACCUUGCGCAGCUCCCUACUCCUCUGGGGCUACUGAAACUUUGAACAAGAGACCCUUCUCCCCAAAACACCCAUCUUCCUCUGAGAGAUACUAAUGUCACUUAUCCUGGCCAGCCAUGGAAGGGGACCGUCUUGCUGGGAAUCCUCAGCCUCUGUGCACUUCCCUUCCUAUGUCCCCACCUUCAGUGGUGUUUCCCAGUCAAAGUUACCUCCCCCUCACCUCCUUAAAAUGUUCCCAUGAUCUCUGCCCAGUCAGAGCUGAGAACGGUGCCAAAGUCCAAUGAUGCCCCCCACGGCUCCUGCUCCUUUCUCCCCGACCCGCUCUGUGUCUUGGGACCCUGGGGGAUGACACCCCCUCCUCGGUGCUCCUAGAGCUUCGAGUAGCGUCACAAGCAAUCCCCGGGUGCUUCCUGUGAUGGAGAUCCCUACUCAGUCUCCGUUCCUUGUGGCCCACUGUUCAGUGUUACAAAGCCUGGGGGCUGCGACAGGGCACCCCUGAGGCCCUCUCGAGUACCCCUCCACACUGCCCACCACCAUUUUUGCACACUGCCUGUUCACACACCAUGUCACCCAGGCGGGAAAGAUGGAAAAUAAAAGUAUUUACACAGUGACAAGA